GAGAGAGAGAGAGAGAGAGAGAGGUGAUUACAGGUAAAGGGUCGCUUUUAAUCCUAUAAAUACAAUCACCUCCAGCACCAAAACCGCUUCCAUUUUCUGCUUCUCUCUAGUGCAGGAUCGUUCAUAGAAAAAGGGGCAAAAUAGAGAGAAAUCUCUCCUUCACUUGCCUUUCCUUCUGAGGCCACGUAAGGUCGACCGACGCCUUUCCGAAUUGGGGAAUACAACAAGGCAUCCACCACCGCUUCCGCGAGGAGAAGGAGAAGAAGCGAUGGGCCGUGGCAAGAUCGAGAUCAAGCGGAUUGAGAACACGACCAACCGCCAGGUCACCUUCUGCAAGCGCCGUAAUGGCCUCCUCAAGAAGGCCUAUGAACUGUCUGUGCUUUGUGAUGCUGAGGUGGCUCUCAUCGUCUUCUCCAGCCGCGGCCGCCUCUACGAAUACGCCAAUAACAGUGUUAGGAAUACAAUCAAUAGGUAUAAGAAGGCAUGUGCAGAUUCCUCAAGUUUAGGAUGCGUAUCGGAAGCCAAUUCUCAAUAUUACCAGCAAGAAUCAUCAAAACUGCGCCAACAAAUAGGGAUUUUACAGACGGCAAACAGGCAUUUGAUGGGUGAGGCCCUCAGUUCCAUGACUGUUAAGGAGCUCAAGCAGCUGGAGAAUAGAUUGGAGAAAGGCAUUAGCAGAAUCAGAUCUAAGAAGAACGAGUUGCUGUUUGCUGAAAUCGAGUACAUGCAGAAAAGGGAGGUUGAUUUGCAAAAUGAUAAUAUGUACCUCCGUGCUAAGAUAACUGAGAACGAAAGAGCCCAACAGCAAAUGGGCAUGUUGCCUGCUCCUGAAUACGACGUUAUGCCUGGAUUUGAUUCUCGGAACUUCCUACAAGUAAAUCUAAUGGAUUCCAGUCACCAUUACUCUCACCAGGAGCAAACAGCCCUCCAACUUGGCUAAAAGGUAAUGUGGUGGAUGGUCCAAUGUUCUCUACAGCUUUUCUGAGAUUUGAAUCCGUAGUAGCAUUCGAUCAGAUGCAAGUUAGAGGGUCUUUUUUUAUGUCUAAAAUGCAGAGGACAAUGGGUUGGAAAAACCCAAAUGAGGCCCUUAUUAUCUUCUAUAUGCAGAUGGUCAUAAGACUCGUGUCAUGACACUGUUUUUCUACGAUAAUAUCAAUUUCCAUUAAGAUGUAUGUUAUUGCUUCUCA